GGCACCCUCUGGCCGUCUCUGCCGCGGCUACGGCCUGGGCGGACGGUGCGCCUUGCGCAGGCGCGAAGCCUAGACCUCGCUGCAGCACCCCCAUCGCCUCCGGGAGUCGCACCCAGGGAGUUCGCCUGCUGGCGCGUCAGUGCUCUCCCCCUCGUCUGCCCUCCCCGGUCCCCCCAGCACCCUACGCACCCCGAUGGCGGAGUUGCGGCCUAGCGGCGCCCCCGGCCCCACCGCGCCCCCGGCCCCUGGCCCAACAGCCCCUCCGGCCUUCGCCUCGCUCUUCCCCCCGGGACUGCACGCCAUCUACGGAGAGUGCCGCCGCCUUUACCCAGACCAGCCGAACCCGCUCCAGGUUACCGCUAUCGUCAAGUACUGGUUGGGUGGCCCAGACCCCUUGGACUACGUUAGCAUGUACAGGAAUGUGGGGAGCCCUUCAGCCAACAUCCCCGAGCACUGGCACUACAUCAGCUUUGGCCUGAGUGAUCUCUAUGGCGACAACAGAGUCCAUGAAUUCACAGGAACAGAUGGACCUAGUGGUUUUGGCUUUGAGUUGACAUUUCGUCUGAAGAGAGAAACAGGGGAGUCUGCGCCCCCAACAUGGCCAGCAGAACUAAUGCAAGGCUUGGCCAGAUAUGUGUUCCAGUCAGAGAACACCUUCUGCAGCGGGGACCACGUGUCUUGGCAUAGCCCUUUGGAUAACAGCGAGUCGAGAAUUCAGCACAUGUUGCUGACAGAGGACCCGCAGAUGCAACCCGUGCAGACACCCUUUGGGGUGGUUACCUUCCUCCAGAUUGUUGGCGUCUGCACCGAGGAGCUCCACGCAGCCCAGCAGUGGAAUGGGCAGGGCAUCCUGGAGCUGCUGCGGACGGUACCCAUCGCUGGCGGCCCCUGGCUGAUAACUGACAUGAGGAGGGGAGAGACCAUAUUUGAGAUCGAUCCACACCUGCAAGCCCCUGAUUCAGUCUCAGAAAUGGAAAAGAAUCUCCAUCCAGAAUUCUUGGCCAAACAAGUCAGCAAUGCAGCAAGGGGAAGUCCGGCCCUUCUGCUCUCUGGGGACUCUUCCCUGUGUGACCACACCCUCUGCUGUUGGAAGAGAAAACUGCAGGUAUGGAGUCGGAGAAAUUGGGCUGAGUCCCCGCCUCUCCCGCCUGUGGCCGGCUUCCACCCUGGCCUCUGGAGCAGCGACGGGGUGAUCAGUGAGGAGAGGAAGGACUGUGCCUUUCCUCAGGAGGGUGGUUCCUGGCUCUGCCACAUCAGCUCCACGGGCCAGCACAGGGUGGGCAGAGUCGGAGCUCUGAAGCGGCAGGAGAGAGUUGACAAAGGCAUUGAGACGGACGGGUCCAACCUGAGCGGUGUCAGCGCCAAGUGUGCCUGGGAUGACCUGAGCCGGCCCCCCGAGGACGACGAGGACAGCCGGAGCAUUUGCAUCGGCACUCAGCCCCGGCGGCUCUCUGGCAAAGACACGGAGCAGAUCCGGGAGACCUUGAGGAGAGGACUUGAGAUCAACAGCAAACCCGUCCUUCCGCCAAUCAACCCCCAGCGGCAGAACGGCCUCACCCACGACCGGGCCCCGAGCCGCAAAGACAGCCUGGAAAGUGACAGCUCCACGGCCAUUAUUCCCCAUGAGCUGAUCCGCACGCGGCAGCUCGAGAGCGUACAUCUGAAAUUCAACCAGGAGUCAGGAGCCCUCAUUCCUCUCUGCCUAAGGGGCAGGCUCCUGCACGGACGGCACUUUACAUAUAAAAGUAUCACAGGUGACAUGGCCAUCACCUUUGUCUCCACGGGAGUAGAAGGCGCCUUUGCCACCGAAGAGCACCCUUAUGCAGCUCAUGGACCCUGGUUACAAAUUCUGUUGACUGAAGAGUUUGUAGAGAAAAUGUUGGAGGACUUGGAAGAUUUGACUUCUCCAGAGGAAUUCAAACUUCCCAAAGAGUACAGCUGGCCCGAAAAGAAGCUCAAAGUCUCCAUCCUACCCGACGUGGUCUUUGACAGUCCGCUGCACUAGCCUGGGCUGGGCCCUGCAGGGGCCAAGGGAGAGCCCAGCUGCUCCCCGGUGACUCCAGUGUAACAACUGCGUAAAUGAGACUCCCACAAAUAAAAGGACAAGUGUGAGGAUGACCACGCAGCCACUGCGCCCGUAGCCCGCUGGGAUGCCACGCACAGGCCGCAGGCCCCCCCUCACCUGCAGCUCGGGGGCCUCCCCCCGCUGCCGGCCAAGCCAUGUGACCAGGCCCUGGCCCCAGUGGGCCACAGUUGGGCAAAUGCCAACCUUCCCCUCCUGCCACUGCCACAGGUUCCGUUUUGAGAUUUGCCUCCGGACCUCUGAUGUGCUCCUAGGUGGAGACAGGCCUCGUUCUCACCUACCCUCUGCCACACAGCCCAGCAGGAGGGAGGCGGAGUGGCCGCCUGUACGGCCCAGCUCAACUCUGGGGAGGCUUUGUUAGUCAAGCUCCUCUGGCCGUGGAACGAUUCCUUCGAUCGUGUUUGGUUUUCUUCCUCCUUAUUUUAUUUUGUAGAAACCGGAUGGUAUUUUAUUGCUCCUCAAAGAUGUCCAGAAGCCAUCUAUAUAAUGUUUUUUAAACAGAACUUUAUUUCCAGAUGAACUUUCUCAUUCUCUCAGACAAGGGCCUGGGGCCGUCUCCCCCUGAGCUGCCACCAGAGAAGGUGCCAGUGUUCGCCUGCCAGUCCGGGGCCCUGAAGGAGCCAGCUUCGCAGAGAGGCUUUUCUUCCCAGCUGGGCCUGGUGGAGCCGAGGCACUCCCCCAUGCAGCCUUGAGCCCAGUUUAGCUGGGGCCAGGAAGGGCUGCUGCUGGUUCCCAGCUGGACUGGGUCCCCACAAAGUUCAAGGAUCAUCAGGAUCUCCGAGACUUGGUGACUGCAGCCUCACCUUCCAGGCGUUUUCCUCCCAACCAGGCGUGCCUGAGAGAGGGCGAAGCCCAGCGCUUCACAGACCAUCCCCACCUGCCACUCAGGGCCUGGGUCUCCAGCUCUCUGCCACUCCCAUCCCAUUUCCUCAUCCCCCGGGCCUCCCAACCUCCAGGCUGCAGGACUCUGGCUUAUUAAAAACAGAAAAAUCAACCUCUCAACAUGUCUUUCACUUUGGUUUUGCAAACGCUGCACUCUCCCGUGCUCCCGUCCUCCCUGCAUCCAUUCAUUUCUCAUCCUUCAUUCUCUACCCCUUGUCCUGUCUCCUUUCCUGCAUCCUGGCCUCUCGCGGUCCUUGGUCCCUCACCCCAGUAUUGCAGAUCUCAUGGUCUUCCUAUCUCAUAGCCAACCUAUCUCUGGCCCGUGGUUUUGGGGUUCUUCUUGGGUUGUCUCCCACUUUUGACCUGGAAUCAGCAAGCCCCUUUCGUGCCCUCUUACCCCCAACUCCAGGGACGGCUAUUCCGAGAUCACCCUUCAGGCCUUUCCAAAGCAAAGUCCUUUUGUCUGUCACAGACCACACAGGCCCAUGCCCUGUCCCUGUCUGCGGCCGCCACACACACAGGCACCACCGAGAGUGCCAGGGAGGUCCACGGGGUGCAGGACGCCUCUGAUGAGCAAUCUAGCCAAAGAGCUGCCUCCAGGGGCCGUGAGGGUAGUGGCCAGGCUGUUGGACUUCCGAGGGGCCCCUCGGGUCUGGUUCCUUCUCUGCAUACACCAGCAGGGCUGCCUGGUUAACCCCAUCAAACUCAGCGCUUCACGGCGGAUCGGCCUGGCACUUGGGAGAGACGCCGCCCCCAACACACAAGCGCCGAAGAUGGAAGCCCCUCUGGACCUGAUGUUGGCAGCAGCUGUGCCUUCUGUUCUGAGGACUUUUCCAGAAGGACGUUUCCUGGCCUUCACCCACCACAGCAUCCCUGCCUUUAAAGCUCUUGUCUUCAGACAUUUCAUGGCCAAAGAGGUGCCAUCGGCUUGCCUCCCUGCUUGCCAUCCUGACCUGCCUCUCCACAGAUUCUUUCUUUCUGGGGACCUGCCUCUACCUGCCUGGUUUGGCUUGGGGGGAGGGGGUAUUUUCUGAGCUAGGUUUUGUUGUCAGUGUGGGAGGCAGAAGGGAAGCAGGGGAGCUCUGAGACGAUGGGCCUGUGAAGCCUGUGGCCCCUUCCUGCCCCGUCAGUGUGGGGAACCUCCACAGUUCGGCCAGAACCAGCCUCCUUCUCCUUUCCCUACAGUGCAUGGGCUCUGGGGGAGUGGUGGAACAUUCGCCAUCUCUGCCCAGACCUCCUUUCCCUUAGGCGGUGGUGCCUUCCAGAGGUUUCUCAGCAAGGGGGCCCUCCACUGAGCUUCUGGCUGGUGAGAGGGGACCCUCCCUGGGGACGAAGCGAGGCUGACCAUGGGGCAUGCCCAGCACAGCACUUGGCAUAUGAUGGGCGCUCACUAGAUGGACCCCUUCUUUCUCUCCCUGUAGCUCUUUGGGAGCCCUGACCUCAUAGUAAGUUGGGGAGGUAAGAAGCCUCCCUCCCUAAAUCUGCCUCUUCCACAGGCUUCCUCGAAACUUGCCCCAUCCUACCCCAUCCCUCCAGGUCCCCGUGGCUGAAGCUUCUGAGAAGAAGGGGCUCCCCCAUGCUGUUUGCCAGCUACACGAGGCAGACGCCCACGGCUCCUCAGGUGCAGUGUGGGCUGCAGGAGGACCACAGACCCAGCUGCCAUUCUGUGGGGCUGGAGAGGCUCAUGCAAGGUCUCAGGUCUGGCUGAGGAGCUGGUGCCUCUUCCUGCCCUUCUCUUCCCAAGGUGAGGCUUCAGGGCAGGGGCUGGGAAGCCUUGGGGAGAGUCUAAAGGGCUAGCAUGUUUUAAAAAAUAAACACAGGGUCUUGAGACUGGGUUUUGAGUUGAGAGCAGGGGAAAAACCUGAAGGUCGGCCCCUAUGGGGCAGACCAGGAGAGAAUUCCCUUGACUGUAUUUUUUUAUCUGGUUGUCUUUCCUCUCUGGCUUCUAGGUCCCUGUGCCAGGUGAGGUACCUGGGUCCCUGUUGUAAGUCAGGAGCCCUGUAGAAAGAGCCCUCCUUUUGUACAAGUACCUGAAUGCUGCAAUGAGCAGACUUUUGUAAAAUUUUAUAUUAGUUUCUAAUGUCAAUGGUGACGCGGUUCCUGGGGGCUGCAGCCAGCCUGGGACUUUUGUAAGAAUUUUUGGGUGACUCACUUAGAUGUCGUUUCCUUCUUGCCCCCUCUUCCUCUGUGUAAUCUAAGUGCAUUAAACGUAUUUGCAGAAGUG